UCAACCAAUCGUUUUGCUCGUUGUUGAAAGGUGCUCAAAUUUCUCGGAGGGUCUUCUCGCCAACAUGUCUUCAUCGGAGGCUAAUAAUGGCCCGAGCCAAGCGCCACCUUAUCCAGGUGUACCGCCCUCAGGGAUACCUCCCCCGUUUAUGGGACCACCAGGAAUACCGCCUCACUUCCCUCCCAUGGGAAUACCCCCUAUGGGACAGCGACCCCCAAGUAUGACACCUAUGCCACCUGGUAUAAUUCCCCCUGGCAUAAUGCCACCAAUGGGGGCACCACCAAUGGGACAGAUGCCAGGCAUGAUGCCACCUAUGAUGCCAGGGAUGAUGAUGCCCCCUCGCAUGCCAGCUGCGGCUGUACAGCCAACGGGACCGCCUGGCGUGGAUACCGCAGCUGCUGCACCUGGAACAUCUAGCACCACAAAUGGAUCCCCACAGGAAGAACAGACAAAGAAGAAGUCCCUGUGGACCGAACACAAGUCACUGGAUGGGAAGACCUAUUAUUACAAUACAGAAACCAAGCAAUCCACAUGGGAGAAACCGGAUGAACUCAAAUCUCCUGCAGAGCAAAUGCUGUCUAAAUGCCCUUGGAAGGAGUACAAGUCAGACACAGGAAAGCCGUAUUACUACAACUCUCAGACGAAGGAGUCGAGAUGGACUAAACCCAAAGAACUGGAGGAUCUGGAAGCUAUGAUCAAAGCAGAGGAGAAUGGAACGGCAGACACAGCUGCCCCUGGAACGACCGUAGCUCCUGCGGUGCAAGUGGAUAAUAUAGCCACUAUGGCGACCGUAAUGGAAGUGGAAACUGCAACACCAGUCUCAGAGGAACACCCAUCCCAGGCGGCCGUGCAUCACACAGCUGAAGUGAAGACCGCAGAUGCACCUGUGGCCUCCACCGAGAACUCUGCCACAACAGAGGCCACGGCCAGUGUUGAGGUCGUGAAGGAAGAAAGGCCAGAGCUUCAGAAGAAAACUUACAAAUGGAACACAAAAGAAGAGGCCAAGCAGGCUUUCAAAGAGCUGCUGAAGGAGAAGGGUGUGUCCUCAAACUCCUCUUGGGAACAAGCCAUGAAAAUGAUUAUCAAUGAUCCUCGCUACAGUGCGCUUCCCAAGCUGAGUGAAAAGAAACAGGCAUUCAAUGCUUAUAAAGUCCAAACAGAGAAGGAAGAAAAGGAAGAGGCCAGAAUUAAAUACAAAGAGUCCAAAGAGACUUUUCAGAGAUUCCUGGAGAACCACGAGAAGAUGACCUCUACCACCAGAUACAAGAAAGCCGAGCAGAUGUUCAAUGAGCUUGAAGUGUGGAGCUGCGUUCCUGAGAGAGACAGACUGGAGAUCUAUGAAGAUGUGUUGUUCUACCUCGCAAAAAAGGAGAAGGAACAAGCCAAGCAGCUGAGAAAAAGAAACUGGGAAGCUCUGAAGAAUAUUCUGGACAACAUGGCCAACGUCACAUACCGCACCACCUGGUCAGAGGCCCAGCAGUACCUGCUAGACAACCCUACCUUUGCUGAGGACGAGGAGCUGCAGAAUAUGGAUAAAGAAGACGCCCUUAUUUGUUUUGAGGAACACAUUCGAGCACUGGAGAAAGAGGAGGAGGAAGAGAAACAGAAAACUCUUCUCAGAGAAAGGAGACGGCAGCGCAAGAACAGAGAGGCCUUCCAGAAAUUUCUGGACGAGCUCCACGACCACGGCCAGCUUCACUCCAUGUCUGCCUGGAUGGAGAUGUACCCAGCCCUGAGUUCAGACAUCCGCUUUGCCAACAUGCUGGGCCAGCCGGGUUCUACUCCCUUGGACCUGUUCAAAUUCUACGUGGAAGACUUGAAAGCUCGCUACCAUGAUGAGAAAAGGAUAAUCAAAGAUAUUCUCAAGGACAAAGGGUUCCUGGUUGAAAUCAACACCAGCUUUGAUGACUUUGGAUCCGUCAUCAGCUCGGACAAGAGAGCCACUACACUGGAUGCAGGAAACAUAAAGCUGGCCUUCAACAGCUUACUGGAGAAGGCUGAAGCCAGAGAGAGGGAGCGAGAGAAGGAAGAGGCCAGGAAGAUGAAAAGAAAAGAAGCAGCUUUCAAGAACAUGCUGAAGCAGGCCACACCGCCACUGGAGCCGGAGGCUACAUGGGAGGGAGUUAGAGAGAGAUUCCUAAAAGAAUCGGCCUUUGAAGACGUGACUCUGGAGUCGGAGAGGAAAAGAAUAUUCAAAGAUUUCAUGCACGUUUUGGAGCAUGAAUGCCAGCACCACCACUCCAAGACGAAGAAGCACUCAAAGAAGUCUAAGAAACACCACAGGAAACGAUCUCGCUCCCGAUCAGGCUCCGAGUCUGAGGACGAGGAAUACCACAAGAAGAAAAAGAGGUCGCAGUCCAAGUCCCCCUCAGAGCGCUCAUCUAGUGGAGAAUCUGAGAGAAGCUAUAAAAAAUCCAAGAAACACAAGAAGAAGGGCAAGAAGAGACGCCACAAGUCUGCAUCACCAGAUUCUGACAGUGAGAAGAAGGGAAGAGGAGAGCGAGAUGGAAAGCGUGACAAGGACGUAGAGAAGGAUAAAGAGAACGACAAGUCUCGGGGAAAGUCUCGCUCCGAGUCUAAACAGAAGUCUCCUAAAAGGAAAGCAGCCAAAGAGGAGGGAGGCUGGGAUACCUCAGGCAGCGAGCUGAGCGAAGGAGAGCUGGAGAAACGAAGAAGAACUUUACUGGAACAGCUGGACGCACCUUGAUCAAACUUGCUCUGCUCCGCUCUUCUGUAUUUGUACAUUUCGAUAAACAUGCAUUCCCUUCUAAGCUCAACUGACUGUGCUGGUCAUACGGCCCACGUUGGACUGUCAGAGAACACUUUUCACUGGUAUUUAAUGGGAAUGUGCUACACUGAGCUUAAUACGAGACUAAUUUGAUAUCGGGAAACUGAUGAGCUGAUGGACUGGUAAACGUUUAGUUAGCUUCAAGUAUUUUCUUUAGUUGGCUGUAGUUGUAUGUUUUCCAUUGCCAAUAAUUUUUACAUUCAAUUAAAAGCAUAUCUUAACGUCACACUGAUUCUCUUUUACCUGGAAUAAAAAGAUUUGUCCAGAACUUUCUGAUUUGACUCAACUAAACUACAGGUGUAUUCUCAACCGUUUUAAUUGGAGCGUUUGUGGAAAGAGAUUUAAGUUGGUUAAAUGUAAUAAAAUAUUGCCUCUGUGGAUGA